AACCUUGAAACUUGAAACUGCCAAAACAUGGAACUGUCAAAGCAUGCGCUUGUUUAUUCGAAAGUAUUCGAGAAACAUUCAAUUUGUUAGCACUGCCAUUAUUUCACUGAGUUUCAGAAAGAAGUUUGAGUAGUUCUUUUGUAAUUAGGUACAAUGUCUAAGAAAUCAGUCUUUCUGGAGGUGGACACUUCAAUUCGCGACAAAAAUCUACUCAUUGCGAAAAAUACAGAGGAAGAAGAAGAAUUUAACAAAUUUCUCAACUCAACUGGCAUAGGACAACUUCCAUCAAUUACAGUAAAACCAACUCCAGGUUUUUGCGUGAAAUCACACGAGAAAAAUGGCAAGAAAGUCUUUAUCAACUUUUGUCAGACAGAUAAAAUUCCAGCGCCGAAAGAUAUCACCGAAUCUGAAUUAGUGGAGUUGCUAGACACUGAUGAAAUAUGUGAUUUUCGCGUUCCCAUGAGUAUUGGUGCUGUACGCGUUGAGGAGAAUAAAGAUCAAGAUGUGAAUGUCUGUGACAUUGCAGUGAAUAGUGAAUUCAUGAAAAAGUGCAAUGAAAUUCAAUCGUUUAAAGAAUUUCUCAUUGCUGUUGCGUUUGAAGGAUAUCAAUCGAAGUUUGAUGUUGAUUUACAAAGUGAUCGGAUUGUUUUGAAGAAUAAGAAAGUUAUGGGGACGCUGCAGGUGCAUCAUAUUCAACAGCGUGAUGUGGAUCAGAAGAUGAAUGCUGGUAAAUUACCGAAAUUAGAUGAAAUUGGUCCGGAUAGUGGUGCGCGUAUACCUGAUAAUGAGAAGGAUUCAAAGAUGAAGAUUCAAGUUAUUGAGGAAACUACAACUACUGAACCUAAACAUAGAUUUUUCAAGAAGAAGAAUGUUAAAGGGAUUCUUUUUGGCGAGUUUUAUAUGCCGUAUGUUACUUCUGCAAAAGAUAUUAAACUUGAUAUUGGUGAAGAUCGAUUGAUUGUGGAGGCUACAAAUGGAAAGUACUUUUUGGAUACGUUUCAUGAAUAUAAAGUUAACCGGGAAGGCGCAACGAGUGAUUAUAAUCUAGCAACAAAGUUUUUAACAAUUUCAAUGCCUAUUAUAGCUUGAAGAGCAAAAACAUCUGAAUUUUUACUUUUAUAAACGAUAUUUGGGUUGAAAUAUAAGUUUUGGUAUGUUAUUUGCUUUUAAAACUCACCAUAUUUUGAUAAAUAUCGUUCUUGGGUCGGUUUUGUUGCACUACGUUUAAAUAUAAAACAAAAAUGGCGUGGCCGCACCGGGCACAAGUAGUAGUGUAUAACAAGUUGCCUAUAGUUUUAAUUUUUAAUAUACACCGAGUAAGGCAAAUAUGUUUUCUUGUAAAAUCAAAAAAUAAAUAGUUAUUUUUAAUAAAA